CGGGCCCCUUUCUCUCUCUAGAAAAAAAAAAAGAAAUGAGGAACCUGGGCGUGAAGGAAGCGCCGGUUCUUGACGCGGCGGAGAACCUGAAGCUCGCGUGGCACCACGUCAGGAAGCCCGUGGUGGUGCCCGUGCUCCAGGCGGCGGUCUACGUCUGCGCCGCGAUGUCGAUCAUGCUGUUCGUCGAGCGGGUUUACAUGGCGAUCGUGAUCCUCUGCGUGAAGCUCCUGAGGAGGAAGAGGUACACCAGGUACAGGGUCGACGCCAUCCUCGCUGAGCUCGAGGCCACCAGGAACCACCCCAUGGUUCUGGUCCAGAUCCCAAUGUACAAUGAGAAGGAGGUAUACAAACUAUCCAUUGGAGCUGCAUGCAGACUCAAUUGGCCAGCAGAUAGGAUUACAAUUCAAGUUCUUGAUGAUUCCACUGACCCGCACACUAAGCAAUUGGUGGAGCUAGAGUGUCAAAAAUGGAGAAAUGAGAAUGUGAACAUCAAGUAUGAGAUCAGAUCAAACAGAAACGGAUACAAAGCCGGAGCUCUACGUGAAGGAUUGAAGAAACACUACGUGAAGCAAUGCGAAUAUGUUGCAAUUUUCGAUGCAGAUUUCCAACCCGACACAGAUUUCUUGACGAGGACAAUCCCCUUUCUUCUCAGCAAUCCAGAGCUCGCUCUGGUUCAGGCUCGAUGGAAAUUUGUGAAUUCUGAUGAGUGUCUGAUGACCCGAUUGCAAGAGAUGGCUUUGGACUACCAUUUCAGUGUGGAGCAAGAAGUUGGGUCUUCGACGUACUCAUUCUUCGGAUUCAAUGGAACUGCUGGAGUCUGGAGAUUGCAAGCUUUGACAAAUGCUGGUGGAUGGAAAGAUAGAACAACUGUAGAGGACAUGGAUCUAGCUGUGAGAGCAAGCCUCAAGGGUUGGAAGUUUGUUUUUGUGGGAGACUUAUGCGUGAAAAAUGAGCUCCCAAGCACAUACAAGGCUUACAAAUUCCAACAGCACCGAUGGUCUUGUGGUCCUGCAAACUUGUUCAGAAAAAUGUUGAAAGAGAUUAUUCUCUGUGAGAGGGUAUCAAUAUGGAAGAAGUUUCAUGUGAUAUAUGCUUUCUUCUUUGUGAGAAAGAUAGUUGCGCACAUCGUUACCUUCUUCUUCUACUGUAUAGUAAUUCCAGCAUGCGUGCUUGUACCCGAAGUCCGUCUUCAUAAGUUUAUUGCAGUCUAUGUUCCUUCAACAAUCACCAUUCUAAACGCCGUAUGCACUCCGAGGUCGAUUCACUUGCUCAUAUUUUGGAUCCUCUUUGAGAAUGUGAUGUCGAUGCAUCGAGCCAAGGCGACGAUCAUAGGGCUGUUGGAAGCGAGCCGUGUCAAUGAAUGGGUUGUCACGGAGAAGUUAGGAAACGCAAACAGGCACAGGAAUGAUAACAAGUCGCUCAGAAAACUUAGACAACGCAUUGGAGAAAGGGUUCAACUGCUGGAGCUAUUCGUGGGGCUGUACCUUGUGUAUUGUGGAAUCUACGAUAUAAUGUAUGGACGCGAUCACUUCUGGAUCUACUUGUUCACUCAAGCAAUAGCCUUCUUCAUCGUCGGAGUUGGCUACAUUGGCACCAUCGUUCCAACUUAAGGAGAAGGGAGGUCUACAUUUGCUCGAAAAUCUGGUUUCUUAAUUAGUGUAUGUCGUUGUUCAUGUUUGUCUACUGUUUUGCAAGUAAAAAGAGUCACUGUGGAGGUCAAGAUGUCAAAGACUCAGUUGUGUAUCUUUAUCCAGUUAUAUAGUAUCA